UUAUUAAAAUAUUUUCAGGUUAUGGCAACAUCGCGCCCAGGACUUCGUCCGGCAAAAUUGCCACCAUCUUCUACGCCAUCGUUGGAAUUCCUCUCAUGCUUCUUUACCUCACAAAUAUAGGUGACAUAUUGGCAAAAGCCUUUAGAUAUUUGUACAGCAGGGCCUGCGCUUGCACAGGUGAUGGAGCAGGAAAUCUCGGAAGUGAAUCUCGCCGAAGACGCCAUAUGGCGGAAAAUUAUCGAGUGCAACGUAUAGUUGGAAACGCUUCAUCUUCAGCUAGGUAUGGUCUGGAAAUGGACGAGAAAUUCCAUCUCAGUGUUCCACCACCUCCUCCACCACCUUUGUCGCAUAUCACCGAAGAUGAGGUGCGUAUCGAGCCAAUACCGGAAGACCUUUACCGGGAAGAUGAGUACAGCGGCAAAACAAGAGUCUCUGUCCCAAUUACUCUUUGCAUGGUCAUUUUGGUUGGCUAUAUAUCCGGAGGAGCGGUUCUUUUCUCCCUUUGGGAGGGCUGGGACUUUCUGGAUGGCUCUUACUUCUGUUUUGUUACUCUUAGCACCAUAGGAUUUGGAGAUUUAGUACCAGGAGACUCGGUGAUAUCAGAAAGUGGAUCCCAAGAAAAACUGGUCAUGUGUUCCCUUUACCUUCUUUUCGGAAUGGCUUUGAUCGCCAUGUGCUUCAACCUGAUGCAAGAAGAAGUUAUUCACAAAGUGAGAAGUUGCGGCAGACGAAUUGGGAUCAUCAAAGACCAAGAAGAUGAUGACGAUAUGGGAUGAAACCUUUUUCUUUUGAUCAGUUCUAUGUUUCAAAUAACCCAGGAUGCCUUCGAGUUUUUGAAUAGAAUGCACCAAAGGGGUAGUGGAUUUUCUGAUUGAAUAAUCAGUAAUCAAGUACCCUGGAGCUGUUACUUUGGCGCUCUUCGAGUUUGGGUCUUAAGUUACUGUCCACUGCUCCUUAGGUUGAAGAAGAGCAUUUCUACGCUAAGAGAAGGAUGGUAAAUGAAUUAUUUCAAUAAAAAUAUCCAAACAAAGGCAAAAAGAAGAGGAAAGCAAAUGGAUUUGAGAAGAAACACUGAUGUGUUGAUAGUUACCUGAUGUAACAGCAAGACGGACUAUACUUUCAGAUCGAUUUGCUGCAUCAGACGAACUUCAUCAAAGAUCUGAAGGGCGUUCAAGAACCAUCCAGUAUAAGGCGUCAUUCAUACUGCAUUAUAGAUCAUCAAUUACACUACAAUUUUUAUCUCAAAUUAUUAUUUUGGAAAUACGGGUUAAUUGUGCCACUUUUAUUCCCUACAAGAUUUUAACUCACGCACGAUUUUCAUUUGUUAAUCUUCUUCAUAUCUGUGCCGUACGCUGAGUAAGGGCAUUGGUAAUGAAUUUCAAGUUAAGGAAUUAAAAAUAUUUAUUAUUUCCAUUGCAUACAUUAAAUCACUUUGAAACUGAAAUGUCACUCUAUAUGUAACUGAACGCCAUUUGGACAAAAAUAAUGAUUCAUUAGUAUAUAUAUUUUUUAUUACUUUUCAGUUUUUUGUUGACUGCCUAUUUAAAUAUCCUGAGAAUUCUGUAUAUAACGUAAUAAUCAUAUGCUUCUGUAAAAAGUAUUCGAUAUUCGUAUGGUCACUUAUUUAGACUUGAUCUUUAUGAAUUAAAAAAGGUAUUAUAAAACACUUUUAAAAGAAGAGAGACACAUUUGUAAAUUCUAAUAAAAUGUAUGUUAUUACGUGAACUGUGGACGAAUAAAUAUUAUGAAA